AUGCUUCUGUUCUGCCCCCAUUGCUCCAACGCGCUGACGGUCGGCAUCAGCCCUGAAACCGGUCGCAACCGACUCGAGUGUCGAACAUGCCCUUACCAGCAUCUCAUUACAACGUCCAUGUUCAGUCGUCGCGAGUACACGCGCAAGGAGCGGGAAGACGUCUUCGGUGGACCAGGCGCCUGGGACAAUGCCGACAAGACCCCAGUCCAGUGUCCCAAGGAAGGUUGCAAUGGCAACGAGGCUGCCUUCUUCCAGGUCCAGAUUCGCAGUGCUGAUGAGCCCAUGACGAGUUUCUUCAAGGUGAGUAGAGUGCCCGGGUUUGUCUAUGAUGGCUGUAAGGAAAUGGAGGGCUAA